UCCUUCUCCCCCUCUUUAAUUUCUCGCUCUGCGUUCCUUCCUUUUUCUCAAUUUUUCGUUCCCCCCCAAUUUUCCCCUCCAAGCUGCUUCCGCCAUGUCCGUUCGGAGAGCUCGCUCGCCGUUUGAACUUCGUUUCGUCUUCGACCGUCUCGGUUCGAUCUCGCCGGCCGGCCCGAACUCGAUCGACGAGCUUCCUCGGAGGGACUGCCGUUGCUCGCUCCGCCGCGGCCGCGGAAGUCGCCGGCGGCCGGAAUGGACCUCCGUGCGAGGGAGGGAAGGAGCGAUCGGUUCGGAGAAAUGGAGGCGUCUUAUGAGGAUAUGCGGCAAGCACUGAGCUGCGCGUGACUUGGAAGUUAGGGAGGGAUUUUCGUUUCUCGUUAGCUUCCGAUCCUUCGCGGAUGUGAAGUUUCCUUGUGUUUUUCUUGAGAGUUGGUCGCUCGAUAUGUUUGAAUUCGGUUCGUCGUGUUUAUUCGCCGCGGGCUUGAAAACGCAUUGCUUGUUCCUCGAGGUACUCGUAAUUCGACGAAUUGUCGCUCUGGUCCGGUCACUGCGAUUGCCGUGUGAAGAACGAGCUGAUUUCCUUGUGACAUUUCGUCGAAGUUUAUCAAAAUCGAGCAUUUCUUAUUUGCUGCUCAUUGAAAGAUCACCGUUUCACCUCUUAUCCAGGUUAAAUCGCCGACCCAAAGGGAGAAGUUCUCUGCAUCAUAAUGGUGCGGGAGAAAGAUGUUUGCUGGGAGUAUGCCGAGAAGUUGGAUGGAAACAAGGUAAGAUGCAAAUUUUGCUUCAGGGUCUUGAACGGGGGCAUCAGUAGGUUAAAACAUCAUCUUUCUCGACUUCCAAGUAAGGGCGUGAACCCGUGUAGCAAAGUAAGGGAUGAUGUCAGUGAUAGAGUGAGAUCGAUCAUUGCGUUGAAAGAGGAUGUCAAGGAACCAUCGAACUCUAAAAAGCCGAAGUUGGCAGUACCCGAAACUAAGCCUCCGGGGAGUAUUUCGGCGAAUAAAGUUUUUACGUCAGCGGAUGCUUCGCCUCCAAUUACGAAGGUCUUCUCUCCAGUCUCACCUAUGGGUCCUUCUUGUUUAAGCAACCAAGAAAAUGCGGAGAGAAGUAUUGCUCUGUUCUUCUUUGAAAAUAAGCUGGACUUCGGCGUGGCUCGAUCUUCAUCCUAUCAGUUAAUGAUUGAUGCAGUUGGAAAAUGUGGUUCUGGAUUUAUCCCUCCGUCUGCAGACAUGUUGAGAACGACAUGGUUGGGAAAGAUCAAGUCUGAAAUAAGUCUACAGUCCAAAGAUACUGAGAAAGAGUGGUCCACCACAGGUUGCACUAUCAUUGCAGAUACAUGGACCGACAAUAAGUCAAGAGCAUUUAUCAACUUUUUAGUUUCAUCACCGUCCAGAACCUUUUUCCACAAAUCUGUGGAUGCGUCCUCUUAUUUUAGGAACAUCAAAUGCCUCACGGACUUGUUUGAUUCUGUGAUCCAAGAUUUUGGCCCAGAAAAUGUUGUGCAAAUAAUCAUGGACAGUAGUUUAAAUUACACCGGCGUGGCCAACCACAUCAUUCAGAACUAUGGGACAAUUUUUGCAUCUCCCUGUGCUUCUCAAUGUAUGAAUUUAAUCCUGGAGGAAUUUUCCAGGGUAGAUUGGGUGAACAGAUGUAUCUUACAAGCACAGACUAUCUCAAAGUUCAUAUACAACAGUGCGAUGAUGCUAGAUCUCAUGAAGAGGUUCACAGGAGGACAUGAACUUAUUACGACGGGUAUCACAAAGUCCAUAUCAAACUUCCUUUCAUUGCAAUCUAUACAGAGGCAAAAGCCAAAACUGAAGCUUAUGUUCAACAGUCCUGAGUAUUCUAUGAACUCAUCAUACUCAAAUAAACCCCAAAGCAUCUCUUGUGUUGCCAUAGUUGAGGAUAAUGAGUUCUGGAGAGCUUUGGAAGAGAGCGUUGCCAUUUCUGAGCCAUUCCUUAAAGUGCUGAGAGAAGUUUCUGGAGGAAAACCAGCUGUGGGUUCAAUAUAUGAGCUAAUGACCAGGGCUAAGGAAUCUAUCCGGACGUACUUUAUCAUGGAUGAAAACAAGUGCAAAGUUUUUCUAGAUAUAGUUGAUAGAAAAUGGAGGGAUCAGCUACAUUCACCUCUGCAUUCUGCCGCUGCAUUUUUAAACCCUAGCAUCCAAUACAAUCCAGAAAUCAAGUUUCUUGGAUCUAUAAAGGAAGACUUCUUUAAGGUUCUAGAGAAGUUGCUUCCAGCGCCUGACAUGAGACGUGAUAUCACCAAUCAGAUCUUUACCUUCACAAGGGCAAAAGGAAUGUUUGGCUGUAGCCUAGCCAUGGAGGCAAGAGAGACAGUCGCACCUGGACUUUGGUGGGAACAAUAUGGAGACUCUGCACCGGCACUACAGCGAGUCGCCAUAAGGAUCCUGAGCCAAGUCUGCAGCACAUUCACAUUCGAGAGGAACUGGAGCGCGUUUCAGCAGAUCCACUCAGAGAAGCGCAACAAGAUUGACAAGGAAACAAUGAACGACCUCAUCUACAUCAACUCCAAUCUCAAAUUAGCGAGGCAGAUGAGAUCUCCAGAGGCCGACCCGAUUCAAUUCGACGACAUCGACAUGACUUCAGAGUGGGCAGAAGAGAGUGAGAACCCGAGUCCGACUCAGUGGCUCGAUCGGUUGAGUUCUGCUCUGGACGGAAACGAUUUGAACACUAGACAGUUCAACACGUCGAUCUUUAGUGCAAACGACCAUAUAUUUGGAUUGUGAUAUUGUAGCUGUCCUCAGUUUAUUGUACAUGUAAUGUUCGUAUGGUAGCUCUAGCUCUGUAUCUUGUUAUAGAUGGAGGACAUUAGUUGACUUUGGCGUUAGCGCUCAUAACUCAAGCUCAAACUAAAGCUCAAACUAGAACUAAAUUUAUCUCA